GCCUCCUCAGAGAGGCACAACACAGCUAUAUCACUAAAUAUGGAUGCCAACAUUGUUGUUAUGGGGAUGGACAGCGUUGGGAAAUCAGCGUUGACUGUGCGCCUGUUAACUCGGAGAUUCAUUGGAGAGUAUGGCGAUAUUGAAUCCAUCUAUAGUCACAGUUUUAUGGUGGAUGGGAGGGAGAUCACUCUAAGUAUUUGGGAUUCACCGUAUUCUCAGGAUUCAUCUGCAGAGUCGUCACUCUUUGAGAAGAAGGUUCGGUGGGCAGACGGCUUUGUUCUGGUCUACAGCAUCUGCGACAGGGCCAGUUUCAACACAGUUAGCAGGCUCAUUCAGACUAUCAAAUCCACCAAGUACUGCCACAGUGCAGAUAAAGCACCCAUAGUGAUUGUGGGUAACAAAAGGGACCUGCACCACAGACGGACAGUGACAAGCGAGGAGGGCCGGCUGCUGGCUCUCAACACAGACUGCCAAUUCUAUGAGGUGUCGGCCGCCGAGAACUACCACAGCGUGCUCAUGGUGUUUCACGGCCUGGUGCACAGAUUGAAGGAUGCCAAGCUAACCAUGAAGAAGCCUCUAAGGUUGAAGGGCAUAGUGAAAAGCAUGUCUGCAGUGUUUGCCAGGAGACGAACUGAGUCUUUUUAGUAAAAGUGUGACAAAAGAAGAGGAGGCUCCAUUGGAUGGAUAACUAACAGUGAAAAAUAACUGCAUAUAUGUAAAAAAAAACAAAAAAAAC